AUGUGUUCUUCUAAGUCUAAACUGCAAGGAAGUAGCAUUGAUCAAAUUGCUCCAACUGUAUCUCAUAUCAAUGGCCGCCCAGUCCUUCAGCCAACUUGUAAUCGAGUGCCAGUCUUAGAAAGGCGCAAUUCUUUGAAGAAGACCUCCACAAAAUCUUCUUCUGCACCACCUCAACCUUUGUCAUCAUCGACUAGGACUACAAAUUCUACUAAGGUUAAGCCAUCAGUGACCACCCCACCUAUCUCUCCGAAGCUAAAAUCACCCCGACAGCCUGCUGUUAAGCGAAGUAACGAUCCAAACGGAUUGAACUCUAGUGUUGAGAAGAUCUUGUUGACACCAAGAUGCACCACCAAAACUAUAAUUCCGGUGAAGAAAUCGAAAAAAUGCAGCGGAGGUGGAGUUGCACCUUCUAUGGACCCUUCUUCAUUGCAGUACUCUUCCUCUUUGAUAGUCGAGGCACCAGGAAGUAUAGCAGAAGCUAGGAGGGAACAGGUUGCAAUUAUGCAGGUGCAAAGAAAAAUGAGGAUUGCUCAUUAUGGAAGAACUAAAUUUAGCAAAAAUGAAGGGAAGGUUGUUCCUCUUGACUCUUCAGCAAUUACAACUGCUCCAGAGGAAAAGAGAUGCAGUUUUAUCACACCUAAUUCAGACCCCCUCUAUGUUACUUAUCAUGAUGAAGAAUGGGGAGUUCCUGUCCAUGAUGAUAAGCUGCUGUUUGAAUUGCUGGUGUUGACUGGCGCUCAAGUUGGCUCAGAUUGGACUUCUGUCUUAAAGAAACGGCAAGAAUUCAGGGACGCUUUCUCAGCAUUUGAAGCAGAAAUCGUCUCAAAAUUUUCUGAAAAGAAAAUAACAUCUAUAAGUGCUGAUUACGGCAUUGAUCUAAGCCAGGUCCGAGGAGUUGUGGACAAUUCUAAUCGAAUUCUUGAGGUCAAGAGGAAAUUCGGAUCAUUUGACAAGUAUCUGUGGGGAUUUGUGAAUCACAAGCCCAUCGGAACCCAGUACAAAUCAUGCCAUAAAAUCCCUGUGAAGACCUCAAAAUCAGAGGCCAUAAGCAGAGAUAUGGUGAGAAGGGGCUUCCGGUUUGUCGGACCGACAGUCAUAUACUCCUUUAUGCAAGUUGCCGGCCUCACCAACGACCACCUGAUCACCUGCCCACGACACCUUCUGUGCGUUGGGUUGGCGUCUCAGUUGCCGGCCGAGGCACAUGCUCUAUAA